AUGCACGCAUACAACAGGCUACCGAGCAGCGGUCACAGCACGCCGUCCCCGCCCUCAUCGCCGCUCCGGUCAUCCCGGUCUCCCCGGUACCGCCGGUCAAAGGCGGGGAGGUUUGGCUCGGCACAGCUUCAGCCGGGUCGGACCCUUGCCCAGCGCCUCGCCUGGCUGCUCCUCUCAGUCCUACUCCGGCGCCAGGGCAUCUUCCUCUUUGCUCCUCUCAACUACAUCUCUGGCAUGCUCCUCUAUAUGGGCUCUGUCUCCUUCAACGUCGUUCCCGUUAUCUCCCAUUGUCCCUCUCCCGGCUCCAUUUAUCGGAGUCCCCAGAUUUAUGCCAAGCUCCGACCCGAAAUGAACUCCGACAAUUCCUCCGCCGAUGCGAUAUCAACUAUAUGGAAACACUCUUAUAAAGGUGGUGAGUGGAGAGCUUGUACUAACAGGUCUUCAGGAGGUUUGCCUGAUACAAAUGGUUACAUAUACAUUGAGGCGAAUGGUGGCCUGAAUCAGCAAAGGACAUCGAUAUGCAAUGCAGUUGCUGUGGCAGGAUACCUUAAUGCAACCCUUGUAAUCCCCAAUUUUCAUUUUCAUAGCAUUUGGAGAGAUCCUAGAAAAUUCAAAGACAUUUAUGAUGAAGAUUAUUUCAUCAGGACCUUGGAAAAUGAUGUACGAGUUGUUAACAAGGUUCCUGCGUACAUAAUGGAACGAUUUGACCAGAAUAUGAGCAAUGUUUACAACUUCAGAAUAAAAGCAUGGUCACCCAUUCAGUAUUGUAGGGAUGCAGUGCUCCCAAGGCUCCUUGAAGAAAAGUUUAUAAGGUUAUCUCCUUUUGCAAAUCGAUUGUCAUUCGAUGCUCCUCCAGCUGUCCAAAGGCUUAGGUGCUUUGCAAACUAUGAAGCUUUGAGGUUUUCAAGUGCUAUAUCAACAUUGGGAGAAACUUUGGUUGCACGAAUGAAAGAUCGCAGUGCAAGUAAUGGUGGCAAAUACAUCUCUGUGCAUCUUCGCUUUGAGGAGGAUAUGGUUGCUUUCUCUUGCUGUGUAUAUGAUGGUGGAGAGGAAGAAAGUGCAGACAUGAAGGCAGCAAGGGAAAGAGGUUGGAAAGGGAAAUUUACGAAGCCUGGUCGAGUUAUACGUCCUGGAGCAAUCAGGAUCAAUGGCAAAUGUCCCCUUACUCUUUUAGAACUGCUUCUGGGAAUGGGCUUUGAUAGAAGCACUUAUAUUUAUUUGGCAUCUGGAAAGAUAUACAGUGCUGAAAGAAACAUGGCCCCGUUAUUGGAGAUGUUCCCUAAUUUGCAAACUAAAGAGAUGUUGGCAUCAAAUGCGGAACUUGCGCCAUUUAAGAAUUAUUCUUCCAGGAUGGCUGCCAUAGACUACACUGUUUGUGUCCAUAGUGAGGUUUUUGUGACAACUCAAGGUGGAAACUUCCCCCAUUUUCUGAUGGGCCACCGGAGAUACUUGUACGGAGGACACUCAAAGACAAUCAGGCCCGACAAGCGAAAGUUAGCGUUACUCCUUGAUAAUCCGAAUAUAGGAUGGAGAAGUUUCAAGCGUCAGAUUCUGAAUAUGCGGACUCAUAGCGAUUCCAAGGGAUACGAACUUAAAAGGCCAAAUGACUCGAUUUAUAUGUUUCCAUGCCCAGAUUGCAUGUGCCGUUUGAACAAAUCAGAAGUUUCAAGAUCAUCAUCAGCUACCUGAUCUGCUUGGAUAAAGAGCUAUUAUGGGUGUUUCUCCUACCCAACUUUCUGAGCUCAUGUUGCUGCCGACCCCCUUUUUCCAUGUUGUAAUUCUUUCAUUCUUUGUCCCCUUUCCAUGCGGUGAGAGGGUACACUUCAAUUUUGGGAGAUUCAAACAUUUUGUUGGACGUUACAUUGACCUGAUUAUUUCCGGGAUUGGCUUGUGGUGGACUUGCUUCUUUUUUUAUAUGAUGCGGGUGGAGAACAUAGAACGCACAUUCUUUCCAUUGCAGGAGUUGUCCCGUCGCAGGAGUUUCCGGGCAAUCUAGACACACAGCAUUGUUUGCUUCAUAUGUUAAGUUGCAAUGCCCUUUAUAUUGAAAAGUAGAUCUAACAAAUCCCAUGAAACUACAUUAGUUUGUAAGUUUAUUUUUGUGUAAUCUCUUUGUUUAUGUAGCAGUUCUCUUAUUAGAAACUUUAUGCUUUUACUCUUUCUUCA